AGAAGCAUGAAAUCCCUCUUGUUGGCCUUCUUUCUUACUUACUUAUGGAUAGAAUCAGCAGUCCAUGCUAAUGAUCAGUGUUAUACCUAUGCUGGUGGUAAUGUCUAUCCUGGAGAGCAAUUAAGAUCUGCAUCGCAUAACUUGCAUUACAGCAAAGUUAAAAUUUCCAAGCCUGCUCCACAUUUUGAAGGUACUGCUGUCAUUAAUGGAGCUUUUAAAGAUAUCAAAUUAUCAGAUUACAAAGGGAAAUAUUUGGUCUUCUUCUUUUAUCCGAUGGAUUUCACCUUCGUUUGCCCAACUGAAAUUAUCGCUUUCAGCGACAGAGUCAGUGAAUUUCAUGCUAUAAAUGCUGAAGUCGUGGCUUGUUCAACUGACUCAAAAUUUACUCAUUUAGCUUGGGUAAAGACGACCCGUAAACAAGGUGGACUUGGCAGUAUGAAAAUACCUCUGCUAUCUGAUAUUACACAUCAAAUUGCUAGAGAUUACGGUGUCUACUUAGAAAAGGAAGGCCAUGCCUUAAGAGGUCUUUUCAUAAUUGACGAUAAAGGUAUUCUGCGUCAAAUUACUAUGAACGACUUACCGGUCGGCCGCUCAGUUGAUGAAACGCUAAGACUGGUGCAAGCUUUUCAAUAUACAGAUAAACAUGGGGAAGUAUGUCCUGCUAAUUGGAAGCCCGGUGGUGCUACGAUUGUACCUGAUCCAGAAAAGAAAUUGGACUACUUCUCAGAACAAAACAAGGACGAAUAAUUUAAUAACAUCAACAAUGCCAAGACCAAAGUUAAUAGCCUUGCGAUAUAUUUUUUUAAACGUCAAUAGUUUAUAAUUAUGAUUGAUCGUAACCGAUCUCAAUUGUAGUUCUAAACCUCAUAUAAAGAUAACUAGCAAUAAAUGUAUUUUUAUAUCAAGC